CCCCACUAUUUAAGUUCAAAGGUCCAACAGACUCCAACUAAAGCUCAAGUAUCAACGUACCUAAACUGACAUGGGUCCGGUCUCUAGCUUAUGCGACUUACAGGAAAAGACCACCUAAGCUAUCAAUACCCUUCAUUUUUAUAGCGACAACUUUUUUUGACGAUCUGUCUGUGGAAUCGUGAUAAAUGUGACCAAACACAACCAAAACCUCUGACAAUAUAAUCACAUUUCCCCACUGUAGACAGAUACUCAGAGUUCGACAAUGGCCUCACAAGAACGGAUAAGCGUCCACAACCUCGCGGACCUAAAAAACACCUCCGACGACGCCAUCCCCAACUACCUCAACUCCCUGGGCUUCAAGCAGAACCACCGGCUGAUCGACACGCGGCUGGCCCUGGGGUACACGGCCUUCGCCGUCGCCGCCGCCAGCUUCGCCUGGGACUACAAGCUCGGCUUCGAGCCCACCAAGUACUACACCGCCGCCGCCGUCGCCCUCUACACCGUGCUCAACGGCAUCCUGACCUUCUGGAUCGGCUUCGUCGAGAAGGGCACCGUGUACCAGGGCACGGCGCCUGAUGGGUCUAGCAUCUCCAUCGCAACCUCCACCAAAAAGAACAUCCCGACCUACAACCUCAAGAUCACCAUAACCCCCCACAAGAAAGGCACCCCGCAAACCCUCGACCUAGCCCGCCCCUUCACCGACUGGUUCGACGCACAAGGGCACUUCGUCGCGCGGCCCUUCCAGACCAUGCUCGUCGCCGGCGUGCCCCUGAUCGCCAAAGCCGAUCCCAAGCGAGCCCAGGAACUUUCUGCUGCCGCGACUGCCAGUGCUAUUGCUGGUGCGCCGGCGGCGCCAGAGCAUGAUUUCAUGAAUGCGGAUGCGGCGGUGUUAGACGCCAUCGCGGCUUCCGAGGCUGCGGCUGCGGCUGCGGCUGCGUCUACGGGUGCGGAGGCGGCGGGAGGGUCUUCGGGGAAGAAGUCAAAGAGGAGAAAGGCUUAAAUUUUUCUUUUAGGGGCCAUACCUACUGACAUAUAGGGGUAUGACGGUACUUGUUAGUAUAUUCCGAUGCUGCAUCAAAAUGAUACCAUUUAUUUUCCCGACGAGUUACGAAUGGCAUCGGCAUUGUGUAUUUUGUGUUCAUUGCGUGCGUACUACAUACGUGCCUCUGCGAAGCUAUCUGAUCAAUAACAGCCUAUGGACAUUACCGUACUUCCUAGACAGCGUACGGACAUAUCCCUAUCCCCUGUCAAUGUAGCCAUCGGACCGUUCGAUAUGAUAGUUAAACUACCACUCAGGCAAGCGUAUC